CUUCAUGGUUCUUGUACUUUUAUCUCUGGAAGCAUUCACCAACCAAUUCCAUCUGUGAUCUGUGGAUUAUGAAGCCUCUCAGAACUGAUCUGUACAGGGAAUUCCAUCCAUCCAUUUAUUAUUACUAAGUCAACAGCUGGAGAUCUUAUACUCGACUGACAUGGAUCUAGAGAAUCAAACCUUCAUAAGUUUCACUCUUCUGGGCCUCUCAGAGAAGCCAUCUCUCCGAAUGCCUCUUUUAUCUUUUUUCAUGGAAUCCUACAUUCUCAGUAUUAUAGGCAAUGUGCUAAUCCUUCUGCUCAUCUCAACCCAGUCCCAUCUACACACCCCAAUGUACUUCUUGUUGGGGAAUCUUUCCGUUGUAGAUGUUUUUCUGACGUCUAUCACCGUCCCCCGGGCUCUUUAUAGCCUUAUCUCCCAGGACUUGUCCAUCUCAUUUCAUGGUUGUUUCAUUCAGCUCUUCCUGUUCCACAUGGCGGGUAACAUGGACAGCUUUUUGCUGGCCAUCAUGGCCUUAGACAGAUAUGCUGCAGUCUGUCAGCCGUUGCAUUACACGACCAUCAUGAGCAAGAGGACAUGCAUCAGUCUGUUGACCUUUUCAUGGUUUAUAGUGAGCCUUCACUCUACUCUAUUCUUUGCCUUAACCUCUACUCUUCCCUACUGUAGUUGGGUCAUCCACCAUUAUUUCUGUGAUGUCCCAGCCAUGUUCUCAAUCUCCUGUACAGACACAUCUGUUCAGCAAAUGGUUGUCUUCAUUGAAGGCUCACUAAUAGUCAUGGGGCCCAUGUUGGUCAUCCUGGGCUCCUACGUUCUCAUCAUAAGAGCCGUGUUAAAACUAAGUAGAUCCAAAGUCUACUCCCAAACCUUCUCCACAUGUUCCUCACACUUAACUGUUGUCAUCCUCUUCUACAGCUCAGUUAUUUUCAUGUACUUUCGCCCCAGUUCCCUCUAUUCUGCAGCCUACGAUUGGGUCAUAAGUGUGGUGUACAGCAUCAUAACACCAAUGCUCAACCCAUUUAUAUAUACGCUGAGGAACAAGGAAGUCAAGAACGCUGUGAAGAGGGUGAUACAAUGGGUCAGGAAAGAUGGACAAAAGCAGAUUAAAGAUACAGAAGACGAGGACUGAGAAUAUUUUUGUGAAAUGUUUUU